UCGUGACUAGAGUAUCGGUUUCUGAACACGCUUCCAAGUGAAUGCUUAAUUUUCAUUUUCGGCAAUAAUUAAAAAUCCACGAGUGCAAACAAAUCUGAAGUGAUUUACCCAGCAAACGAAACAAAACGAGCCCAUACACCGAUUUAAGCCCCACAACUUGCGGGGGAGUGGAGAAAAGAGACCGAGGAGCAACUACUUUUGCCUGCGUGUGCGUGCGUGUGUCUGGUAGUAGUAGUAUUUUUUCAUUUCUGUUUUCGCUGUACGUGCGGAUUGAUUCAUAUUAUUUCAUUACGUGAGCUAUUGCCAAUAUAUGUAUAGUCGGCCGAGGACAAAGCCACACCGAUUUCACUUGGCCCCCGAACCCGAGCUUAUUGUUUAUUUGAUAUAUGCGUAAAUAGAUGCCGCCAGCGAUGUAGAGCUGCUGAUGGCCCCUUUUUACGGGGGCCGCGGCCAAUGAAUCCACAGACCCAAAAAAAGAACAAAAACGAAAGAGGAAAGCAGAGACAAAAACAAAUUACGCCGUAGAUGAAAAGAAAAGCGCCAAGAAGCAGAAGAAGCAACAGCGAAUACGUCAAAUAUCUCUAAUCUCCAAUACCAGUGCACAAUAAACGUGUGUGCCCAAAAAAAAACGAAUUCUGGUGGCCAACCAACAAAAACAACAACGACACUAUAAAGUAACAUCCGCUCAGGAGUUGACAACUGAUACGUAGAAUUAUGAACGUAGAGAGCCAACUGAAGACACCGCUAACGCACAUACGCAAUCUGGUCAAGCACGUGAACAAGCGAAAUUUUAAUGAGAGCAGCGAGCAAAUAAAGCAGUUCGUCAAAGAGCACGGCCUGGAAGCGGAUCGCAGCAGUCUGCGCCACCUGUUCUCCGUGAUCAACUUCAGCGAUCCCGCGCCAUCGGUUACCGCCCAGCUGCAGGCGAAGCUCCUGGGCGCCCAGUUGCAGCGGCAGCUGCAGAGCUCCUCGUUUGUGUCCAACAUCUGCUACGCCUUCGACCAGUACUUCGCCAGCAACCAGAAGUCCCUAAAGCCUGCUGCGGUAGCGGAUCUCGUUGGCCAAGUCGCCCGACUGACCGGCAUUAACAAGCUCUGCGAGUGCAUCUUUGCCUUGGCCGUGACCCACUCCUCGCAUACGGAACUCCGGCAUUCGGCCACAAACAACCUAAAGAGCAGCCUCACUGAAUUGAUCGACUCCUAUUUGGGCAAGAACCACAGCAGCCCGGCGAGCAGCGGACUCCAGGAGAUCUCCUUUGAUCUGCUGCAGUACUUGUUGUCCUGCCUCAGCGAAUACGUGAAGCCGCAGCUGGAGGAGGAGUUCCUGGUCAAGCUUCGCGAGGAGUUUCCGCGCCAGGCGGUGCCGUUGGUUCUAGCGCCGUUUCUGUACGGCUCGACGACGGCGACGAUUGCGGGAGCAGGUGCCAGCGAAACGGAUGCGGAGGCCGAAGCGACGGCCAGCAGCAACAGCUCCAGUUCCGAGGCAGAUGCUCUGAACGAGGUGGGAAUCGAGGAUAUCUAUGACCAUUUAAGCGAGAUAAUAUUCACCAACCAGGGCAAAAAUAAUAUUAUGGACACAUCCUGGAUUAAUCUAAUCCUGGAAAUCGGUUAUGAAUUUACAUCGAGCGUUGAAGAGUGCAAAAAUCAUUUGUGUUCCCGCGAGCGAGAACGCGCUGAGCUCCAGUCCAAAGAUGUCGCCAAGAUCGUGGGACUCAUGUGCCGCCGGCACUCGUCUCUGCUCGACUGUAAUGUGAACCUUCCGACGCCGGCGAACUUCUGGCCUGGUCAGGGACAGAGCGCUGGCAGCAACAGCAGCGGCUCCGCGCAGGCACAAAGCACUCCGCAGCAGCAGAAUUCGGGCAGCAGCAACAACAACGAUGGCAGCGAAGGCAACUCGUCCAGUGAUAAGAAGGACAAGAAGGAGACGACAGAGGCCACGCAGACCUGGAAGCCAGAUGUCUUUGUGCAGGCCCUCAAGGAAGUGGUGCCCCAGCUCAACUGGAAGGACGUGUGCAUGGAACUCGAUCAUCCGGAGUUCGUGCUCAAGGAUCGCAUUGGUCUGGAGCUACUGCUGACCAUCCUUCGCCUGGCCACUGGCUCCAACAUAUUCCCACAUCCAGAAUGCAUUUACCGCCACUGGGCAAACACGGAGGGUCAGCUGUCGCUUAUCGCGACGAUGCUGAAGAACCCGGAUCUCUUCUCCUUCGCCGACUUUGUAUUUAGCCAGCCAGCGUUGGACGUGCUGAAGACGGCCCCGGAUGCGGACAACAAGGAGAUCUCGGCCUGGAAGUCACUCCACCUGGUGGAGGUGUUGCUGUCUGUUGCGGACAAGGGAUACUAUACGCAGGUCCAUGAGCUUUUCAAGUUCCCUGCGCAGAAUUGUCCCGAUGUGCUGUUCUUGGCCUUACUGCACAUUAAUCCACCUCUAACGCCGCUGCGCCAGGAUCUGUUUAACCAACUGAUACCCACGUUCCUGGGCAACCAUCCCAACUCGAACGUGAUCCUGGCCAGCGCCUGGAGCUCGACCAACUUCCAAUUGCGCCCCAACAUCAUGAAUGCCAUGUCCGAAUGGUAUCUGCGAGGCAGUGAGUUCGACCAGGUGAAGCUGUCUCGCAUUCUUGACCUUGCCCAGGACCUGAAGGCGCUGUCAGCGCUGCUCAACGCCCGCUCCUUUUUGUUCAUUAUCGACCUGGCUUGCCUUGCCUCGCGGCGCGAGUACCUGAAGCUGGAGAAGUGGCUCACCGACAAGAUUCGCGACCAUGGGGAGCCCUUCAUGCAGGCCAUAAUCAAGGUGCUGCACCGCCGCUGCCCCCAGGUGAUCAACGCCAAAGUGCCCGAGGACCAGCUGCCUCCCAAGCAGGCUCAGCUCUUGCCCGAAACGGUUACCACAAUGAUCAACUGUCUGCAGACGUGCAUCAAUACCUGCAUGCAGCCGGAGAUGGUCGAAGUGAUUAUGCAGAUGACCGCCAACGUGGCUAUUAUGGCCAACAAGGCGCGUGCCCAACAGCAGCAGCAGCCAGGACUGGUUCCGCCGCCUCCUCCGGCCAUUCUACGCCAUCGCGGCAUGGAUUUGCCCGGCGGCAUUGUUCCUCCGCCCCCUCAGCAACCCUUCUCUGGAAACCUCAAUGCGCAGAUGUUCGGACCCGGAAUGGAUCCGCUGACCAAUAUGUCCAACAACCUGGCAGGCCUCAACCUGAGCGGCCCGAAUGGAGCCUUUAACUUUGGCAACAUGCUAACCUCUCCAUCGCGUUUAAUGACCCCAGGUGCCAGUCCCUAUCCGCUGAAUCCUAUGCAGAUGCCUCAAGCUCCGCCGCCACCCAAUGUCGGAAAUCUUGGACGUAUGCUGCCCGGGGGUCCUCAACAGCAGACUCCCACGCCGACUCCAACGGCGCCCAAUCCAAACAAUCCUGUGAUGGCAGACCUUCAAAUACCUGUGUCCAAGGAAGUGGAAGACGAGGUCAACUCGUACUUCCAGCGCAUCUACAAUCACCAGCCCAAUCCCACGCUGUCCAUUGACGAAGUGCUGGACAUUCUGCAGCGCUUCAAGGAGUCGAGUAACCGGCGCGAACAGGAGGUCUUUCUGUGUAUGCUGCGCAAUCUCUUCGAGGAGUACCGCUUCUUCUGUCAAUACCCAGAGAAGGAGCUGCAGAUAACAGCGCAGCUCUUUGGAGGCAUCAUCGACCGCAACCUGGUGCCCACAUUUGUGGCUCUGGGUCUCUCCCUGCGCUGUGUUCUGGACGCGCUCCGCAAACCCGAUGGCUCCAAACUUUACUACUUCGGUGUGACUGCUCUGGACAGAUUCAGGACCCGACUGCACACAUACAACAAGUACUGUGAGCACAUCCGCUCCAUUCCUCAUUUCUCGGACUUUCCGCCGCAUCUCAUCCAGUAUGUGGAGUAUGGAAUGCACGGCCAGGAGCCGCCGCCACAAAAGCUGAUUGGCCUCAGCAAUACAAUUCCGUCUGCAAUUUCCACCGGACCACCAAGCGAACCACUUUUCAGGAGCAACUCCAUGCUAGGUAACAUGCCCUCUGCCACAACCGGAUCGGGACCCAAAUCCAGCGCUGCUGUGUCGCACGCCACGAGGAUGAAAUCCAUCGCAAAUGCUACCAAUAUCGACACCCUUUUGGUGGCCAACCAGGAGGAGAAGGUGACGGUGCCCCCGGAACCUGUACAGGACAAAACUGCCUUUAUAUUCAACAACCUGAGCCAACUGAACAUCCCGCAGAAGUGCGACGAGAUUAAGGAGAUCAUGACCAAGGAGUAUUGGCCGUGGCUAGCUCAGUAUUUGGUUCUCAAACGCGCAUCAAUGGAGUUCAAUUUCCACACGCUCUACUACAACUUCUUGGAUGCCCUCAAAAACGGCGAGAUUAAUCGAUUCGUGACGAAGGAGACGCUGCGCAAUAUCAAGGUGCUCCUGCGCUCUGAUAAGGGAGUUAUCAACUUCUCCGAUCGCAGCCUGCUGAAAAACCUCGGUCACUGGCUUGGAAUGAUGACCCUGGGUCGUAAUCGUCCUAUUCUUCAGUUGGAUCUGGAUUUGAAGUCCCUCCUGGCCGAGGCCUAUCAUAAGGGCCAGCAGGAACUGCUUUUUGUGGUCCCCUUCGUGGCCAAGAUCCUCGAGUCAUCCGCCAAGUCGCGCAUCUUCCGGUCGCCCAAUCCCUGGACCAUGGGCAUCAUGUACGUGCUGGGCGAGCUCCACCAGGAGCCGGACCUCAAGCUAAACCUCAAGUUUGAAAUCGAGGUGCUGUGCAAGACACUCAAUUUGGAGCUCGCCAAGUUGCGUCCGGUGAUCUACCUAAAGGAUCCCAGCCGAGCUUUGCUCAUCGAACAGCAGAUGUCGCAACCGAAACCCAAGCAACUGGAGCCAGUAGCUCCGGCAGCUUCUCUGCCGCGUGAGCACCAAUCCCCGGCACAACCUCCGCCGCCACCACAGCAGCAGCAGCAGCAACAACAACAACAGCAGCAGCAACAACAACAACAGGCUCCUCCACCGCCACCCUCGUCCGAUGUGGAUGCCCAGAAUGCGGCCGCCAUGAUGAUGGCAGCAGGUGGAGCUAACAGCACCCCCGGAUCGGUGUCUUCGCCCAAUCUUCCUACCGAUCCCAGCCAGGUUGUACUUCCACCACCGGAGCCGCGCUAUUCCUAUGUGGACGUGAACGUGAGCAACUUCCAGCUUAUUGCUCAGCAGUUGGUGCUGCCACCCAACCUGCCGUUCCUGCACGCCAAUCCCGGAAUCAAGCAUAUUGUCGUGAACGCCGUGGAGCGAACGAUCACCGACUGGCUGCAGCCCAUUGUGGACCGAAGCAUUCGCAUUGCCUGCGCCACAACCGAGCAGAUUAUUCGCAAGGAUUUCGCAUUGGAUGCCGACGAGAACCGAAUGCGCACAGCCGCCCAUCAAAUGGUGCGCAACCUGGCCGCCGGCAUGGCCAUGAUUACCGGAAAGGAUGAGAUUGCGCGUGCGAUUAGCCAGAACUUGCACAAGGCCCUGCUGUCGGCUCUAUCGGGAAUGCCCAGUAUGACUGAGAUCCAAGCUGCCGCCAUGCAAUUGGCCAGUGAAAAUGUGGAGCUGGUGUGCGCCUUCAUCCAGAAGACAUCGGCCGAAAAGGCAGCCGCUGAGAUUGACAGGCGUCUGAGCACUGAUUUCGAGACCAGAAAGAUUGCCCGUGAAGAGGGCAGCCGAUUUGUGGAUGCCCAGAUCCUAAGCUACCAGCAGGAACGUCUUCCGGAGGCAGUGCGUAUCAAGGUGGGCCCCGCUCCAGCUACACUUUAUGCCGUGUACUCGGAGUUCGCAAGGAGCAUACCUGGCUUCCAGCAGAUGAGCGAUCGGGAUAUUGCCCUGUUUGUGCCCAAGCCGACGGAUUUGUCGCAGCCAAAUGUUUUUGCCAACGAUGAGAGCAGCUUGGUGUACGCGGAAUUGGCCAGCAAGAUGGAGGCCUUCAUGAACACGGCAAUCGGUGUGCCGUCGCUGCAGGUGCAGGCCAGCAAGAUGCACAUGCUCCUUAAUGCUUUGAUGUCGACGCGUCGCCUGCGUGACCAAGAGUCGGCCUUCAAUCUGCUGACCCGCGCCGUCGAGGGCUUGACCGAGGGACUGGUUAAUAUGCACGAAAACCUAGAGCAGAUGAAGCUCUACCAAAACAUCCACCUGCGGAUCAUUGGCCUGCUGCACAACAGCUUUGGUGCCCCGAACACAGAGCGAGCGGUGACCAAGUGCUUCUUCGACAUCCGCGAGGAGGUGCGAUACAAUGUGGAGGCGGCUCGUGCGUUGAUUACCUCGCACUUUGUGAACCUCAAUCAGUUUGAUGGAAUGCUGCGCGAUUGCAUGGACAACGGCAACAACUAUGUGGCCAUCUCGUUCGGCAUUGCACUCCUGGAGCGCCUCAUCAUGGACGAUCGGGUGAUAAACAUUGUGUCGGACAACGAAUUCAUGGCCACCGUGGAGCUGUUGGGUAGGCUUACGCAGCACCGUCACCGGUACCCCGAAUGCAUCGUGAAUGCCAUCGAUACGCUGUGGAGCGGAAACUUCAACUCGAGCACCGACUACAGUCCGUUUAACGCCAGUGAGCGUUACUUGGCAGGAGCCUCGCACUACAUCCACUCCGGCAUGCAUCACGUGAGGUCAUGCGAUACUGAUGAUCCGCCGGGACUGCAGGAGAAGACCGAGUUUCUGCUCAAGGAUUGGGUGGCGUUGUACACGCAACAAAACCAGCAGUCAACGCGCGAUGCCCGCAACUUUGGUGCCUUCGUCCAGAAGAUGAACACCUACGGAAUCCUGAAGACGGACGACCUGAUCACACGCUUCUUCCGCCAGGCUACGCACAUUUGUACCGAUGUGGUGUACAGAAUGUUCGCCGAGCCCAGUCUGCCAAUUAACCAGGCCAAGAACAAGAUAUUCCAGUGGAUCGACGCGUUCGUGCACCUGAUCGCCAUGCUGGUGCGGCACUCAGGUGAGGCGGGCAAUCCGACCACCAAGAUCAACCUGCUGAACAAGGUGCUAGGCAUUGUGCUGGGCACGCUGCUCAAGGACCACGAGAUGCGCGGCGUAAGUUUCCAGCAGGUGGGCUACCACCGCUUCUUCAUGAUGCUCUUCAUGGAGCUCUGCUCGGCCGACGUAAUUCUCGAGUCCCUGAUGCACAGCAUUGUGUCGGCCUUCGCCUACACAUAUCACCUGCUGAGUCCCAGCGUGGCUCCCGGAUUCUGCUUCGCUUGGCUCGAGCUCAUCUCGCACCGCGUCUUCCUGGGCCGCAUCCUCGUCCAGAUUCCCGGCCAAAAGGGCUGGCCGCUUUACGCGCAACUGCUGCAGGACCUCUUCAAAUAUCUCGCGCCCUUCCUGCGCAACACGGAGCUGGGCAAACCAGUCCAACUCCUGUACAAGGGCACCCUGCGUGUUCUACUCGUUCUGCUGCACGAUUUUCCCGAGUUCUUGUGCGACUACCAUUUCGGGUUCUGCGAUACCAUCCCGCCCAACUGCGUCCAGAUGCGUAACAUCAUCCUGUCUGCGUUCCCGCGCAACAUGCGCCUGCCCGAUCCCUUCACGCCCAAUCUGAAGGUCGACAUGCUGUCGGACAGCAGCAAUGCUCCCAAGGUGCUCAGCAGCUACAUCAUGAACAUCCAGCCGCCGAACUUCAAGAAGGAUCUGGACUCGUACCUCAAGGCUCGGGCCCCGGUUACUUUCCUUUCGGAGUUGCGUGGUCACCUGCAGGUGACCAGCGAGCCAGGAACGCGUUACAACAUGACGCUGAUGAACGCUCUGGUCAUGUAUGUGGGUACCCAGGCGAUUGCUUUGAUAAGAAACAAGAACUUUGUGCCCAACACUUCCAACAUUGCACACAGCGCUCACAUGGACAUCUUCCAGAACCUGGCUGUCGAUUUGGAUACGGAAGGUCGUUAUCUGUUCCUGAACGCUAUUGCCAACCAGUUGCGCUAUCCCAACAGCCACACGCACUACUUCAGCUGUGCGGUGCUGCAUCUGUUUGCCGAAGCCAACUCUGAAGCGAUUCAGGAGCAGAUCACGCGCGUUCUUCUGGAACGCUUGAUCGUUAACCGCCCGCAUCCAUGGGGACUGCUCAUAACGUUCAUUGAGUUGAUCAAGAACCCCAUUUACAAGUUCUGGGACCAUGACUUUGUGCACUGCGCGCCGGAGAUUACCAAGCUCUUCGAAUCAGUGGCUCGGUCCUGUCUGGCCAAGUCGAACGUCACUCAGCAGCUGAACAUGCCCGUCGUCGAUGGCGAGGGCCAGGAGGUGGCCAACAUCAACUGAGAAAACGCCACCGUCCGACGCUUCUGCCUGGAGGUCUGCGCGAGACCCAGACGCAGGCAGUAGCUGCCUGGGCAGCACACCACACACCACACGGCACAGCAUUCAUUGAAUUGUACUAACCAUUACUGUGUUUAGUUCUUAGUAAGUCGUUUUAAGGAGACAGUGAAAUCAGCAACAGCAGACACAAACAUUUACAAAACAACCGCAACAAUAAGAGUAGAGCAACGGCAGGCCAGGCUAACUGCUGUGCUAGAAACCGAAAUUCGACUUGUAUUUAAACGAACGGAAACGAUAAUAUUUUAAAUGCCUCCCCCCUUCGCCGGGGAAUGUUACAAAUUUUUAAUUGAGUUGUAUUAUAAAUGGUAGAUGAAGGCGUUAAACUGUUGAUGACAGAUACUGUGUAAAGAAAUCAAUCAAACAGAUAAAAAAGAAAAAAGAUAUAGAAAAAACCAAAACAAAAAAAAUGAAAAUCGAAAAAGGAAAAAUAUUUUCUACAAAAAAAUUGCAAAAUGUACGAUGAAAAUGCGAAAAAACUAACAAAUGCGAACGGCCACAUAUGAAAUUUGUGUACACAUAUUGAAAGAGCGAAGGAACCAGGAAGCAGAAAGCGGAGACCUAGUAAACCUACUCUAUUUAUAGACGUGAAUCGAAAAGCAGGAGCAGAAAGUUUGAAAGAUCCUCAAGUCAAUAACAAUUCGAGUUGUCAAAGUAGCUUACCUCCCAGCCAACUCAAUGAUGUAUCAUUUGCAAAUUCGUAACCUCUAAGAGUCCCUCAGUUAGUCUACUCGUAUACGUUAACUUUUUUAAAAUGUUCCCGCACAACAACGGCAGUCACUGCAACAGUAACCAGAACCAACCAAUGUUUGAUCUUCUUAUACGCAAUGUAAGCGAUACGUUUUGUUUUUACCUACAUACUUUUAUGAACUGAUUAUUAACUGAAAUGGAAAUGCAUUGAACACCUCUAGCUUGUUAAAAGUAUAAUCGAUCAUCCAUGUAAAGAUAAACGCUGUUAGGAUCGGAGAGAUAUAGAGAGAGCGUGGCGCAGAGUCGCGGCCAUUAUCUAUAUAGAUCUUUAUAUAAAUAUAUAAAAUAUGUAUUUCUAAAUAUAAAUACGUAAUGUAAAUCGAGUUUGAUUGCCGCGCAGCGAGUGGAAGUGGACGGGCAGCGAAGCGAGAUCGAGAUCGAUUCUAAAUUCAUUAUCCUACGUUAGGCAAUUUGCGAGUUAUGUACGUGUUAUUAGCCGCCCUCUCCCACUCGUCACUCAAGCACCACUGCAGCAACUCUAUUAGUUUGUAGUCUCUACCGCAAAUGAACAUUCAUUGUAUCUACGAAAGUCAAAUCUAUUUUGAAUUAAACUGAAUUAAAGCCUGAAGCCGAGCAAAGUGCAUAUGUAGAAAUCGAGGUAUGGAGGAGAGAGUAGAGGUAGGAGAAGGAGAAGGAAGAUAGGGCUAGCUUAUUAGCCAAAGGCCCAACUCAUUUAUAGACUAAUUCCGUUUGCGAUGGCUAAGAAGUAUGUAUGUAUAUGAUGGAUGUACAGACAUUCGUUCACCGAUCGACCGACACAUUAAUUAACGAAAGCUGCGACACAAGAAACCACAACAAAUCUACAUUGAUAAAUAAUAAUCCAUUACAAUCGAAAUAAGUAACACUAUGCAUUAAGAGAACAAUAUAUAUAUAAAAAUUAAUAUGUAUACAAAACAAAUAUUAAAUGUAUAAAUGGCAAAAUUUUAAAAA